CACAAGAAAACGGCGUGGUAUGACCGCUGAGUGUCGAAACGGCAUUGCGUUUUAGACCUUACCCAACUGUCUUCUCCUUCGUCCUCACUGAUUCAGGAAAGGUGGGGAGCUUAACCGAAGGAGCAACGGCAAAACCGCCGACUCAAAAGCUCGGAGGAGUAAUGAACGACCUCUCUAAUGGCGUCCUGAGAGACCACGGUGGCAGAGCCUUGAAGCCCAUUCCGUCUCUGGUUCUCUACAUUCUCGUACCCAUCUUUUUUCUGGGCCUCUCCGUCUCAAUCUUCAUCCUCAUUGUCGUCCGCAACGCCCUCUUCUUCGUCUUUUUCCUCCUGCUCUCCGCCCUCGUCGCCGCCUUCGUCGUUUGGAAUGUACGGCACUGGGCGACCAAAGCUGCCGUCUUUUGGUUCCUCGACUCGGUUCCGGAGUCCGACCUCCGCCUCGCCCAGCACGGACAGCUCGUCAAAAUUACUGGGAUUGCAUCAUGUGGGAGUCUAUCCCUUGAAUCUUCAUAUGAAAAAGCUACCGGCUGUAUCUAUGCCUCUACUCUUUUAUAUGAAUACAGGGGAUUAACUCUACAGCCAGGGAAUGUCAAGAGAUCAUGCUUCCAGUGGCAUUUAGCAUAUUGUGAGAGAUUCUCCACAGACUUUUACUUAACCGAUCAAAAGUCUGGUCUUACAGCUAUUGUCAAAGCUGGUUCUGGUUGCAAAGUUAUCCCACUAAUUGUCGAGAGCAAACUUGUCAACACUAAAAGAUGCAGAAUCCUCUCUCCUCACUUGAGGAAAUGGUUAACUGAGAGAAAUCUCUCAUCUGAAUCCCGUCUACUACGUCUGGAGGAAGGGUAUGUUCAAGAAGGCAGCUCAGUGACAGUAUUCGGAAUGUUGCAUAGAAACAAUGAGAUGACUACAAUUGUUCAACCGCCAGAAGUAAUCUCAACCGGGUGUCUCUGGCGAAAACUGCUUCUCCCAGUUGACGUUGAUGGGAUGAUUCUAAGGGUCUAUCAAACGGCCGCUGGGCAUUCAAUCAACCAAGAUUCAAUACAACAGGCAGAAAGAUGGUAGUAGGUAGGACAAGAUUUUUGGAUGAUAACCCAACUCCCCUUCAAUGUGUACACCUUCAACUAAUCACUAAUCACCAUGUAGACCUUCUACAACUGUACUAAGCGUGUAACAUUAUUUUGCUUUUGAAAAUGAAUACGGCUUUUAUUCCGACUUUUUUCAAUGCACUAGAGUAUUUUUACUA